CUCCCGGCAUGCCUUGCGCGGGCGGGACUAGUUCCGGCGGCGGCGCUCACCGGGGCGCAGUGUAUUGGAAUCCCAGAGUUUUCUACAGCAAGAGAAAACUUCCAGCAAAAUCUUCUCAGCCGCAGUUACUGUUUUGGGUUGAGGAGUCAAUCAGAGUUGAGGGCAGGAUGUCGGAGCUGAGCGACGAGGCCAGCGAGUCGGAGCUGCUGAGCCGCAGCCUGUCCAUGUGGCACGGGCUGGGGCCCGCGCUGUGCCGCGAGGAGCUCGACGUGCCCCUGGACCUGCACACGGCCUCGUCUGUCGGCCAGUACCACGUGGUGCAGGAGUGCAUCCAGCGUGGAGACCUGGAUUUGAACCAGAGGAACUGUGGGGGCUGGACCCCACUCAUGUACGCGUCCUACAUCGGCCACGACAACAUCGUGCACCUGCUGCUGGAAGCGGGAGUGAACGUGAACAUCCCCACCCCAGAAGGGCAGACUCCCCUCAUGCUGGCCUCCAGCUGUGGCAAUGAGAGUGUGGCUUGCUUCCUCCUCCAGCAAGGAGCAGAGCUGGAGAUGAAGGACAUCCAUGGCUGGACUGCCUUGUUCCACUGCACCAGUGCUGGGCACCAGCAGAUGGUCAAGUUCUUACUGGAGAAUGGAGCAAAUGCCAACUGCAAGGAGCCAGUGUAUGGGUACACACCUCUGAUGGAAGCAGCUGCUUCUGGCCAUGAGAUCAUUGUUCAGUACCUUCUCAAUCAUGGAGUGAAGGCAGAUGUCAGAGAUAACACUGGAGCCACAGCACGGACCCUGGCCAUGAAGUAUGGCCACACCAAGAUUGUGGGGCUGAUAGAUCUGCACGCAGCCCCAGUGCCCAAGGUCUUCUGCAGAGGUCCAGGCAACUAUGAGGAGCUGAGUUCUUCAGAUGAGUCAUGUUCUGCUCCCCAGAGACAGAGACCUGCUCGUAGGACCAAGGGUCCCAGCAUCCAUGAAGGGCCCCAGGCCUUGGCCAAGAUCACAGCAAUUGGCCUUGGGGGAAGGAAGCAGUCUUGCUAUGAGCAGGUGCCCCCUCAGGGCUAUGUCACCUUCAGCAACGAUGGCAGCUGUGUGCCAGGUGUCAUCCGGCACAGGGACGUCACCUCCCCGAUCAACGAGCUGGACGUGGACAGCAGCAGCAGCAGGGAGGAUAGUGCUUUGUCCAGCAACAGCUUGGGAACCGUCAGGAGCAGCAGCAGCAGCAGCAGUGAAUGCUUAAUCAGAAUCCCAGGAGUCAGCAGUGAAGGCUCCUUGGAAAGCAAUGAGGACUCUGACCACACCAACAGCCCCCCGAGUCGGAAACAAGCCAAGAGCUUUAAGGGCAAGGCCCGGUACGGCAACAGCGACAGCCAGGGGAGCCCCUGCCUGGGGAAGGCUGGGGGCUGCUGCCAGCACCUGGUCCUUCCUGAGCCCCCAGCCUACACAGGGCCCCAGGACCUGGCAACAUUCCUUGAGGAGAUUGGGUGCCUGAAAUACCUGCAGGUGUUUGAGGAGCAAGACGUGGAUCUCAGGAUCUUCCUGACCCUCACUGAGAGUGACCUGAAGGAAAUUGGCAUCACGCUGUUUGGCCCCAAGAGGAAGAUGACGUCGGCCAUCGCGCGCUGGCACAGCAGCGCCCGCCCGCCCAGCGACGCGCUGGAGUUGGCCUAUGCCGACCGGCUGGAGGCGGAGAUGCAGGAAUUGGCCAUCCAGCUGCACAAGAGGUGUGAAGAGGUGCAGGUGAUGAAGGGCCAGGUGUGCCAGGAGCAGAAGCUGCGGGCAGUGGCUGAGAGCUGUUUGAUGGAGCGGGAUGAGACCUGGAAUGCCAUCCAGUGCCAGCUCAGAGAGGCUCAGGCCAUCACCACGGAUGCUGGAGUCCUGCUGGAUCAGAUCAAGAGCUGCCAGGCAGAGCUGUCAGCCCGGCUGGCCCCGGAGCGGGCGGGCGAGGCAGCACCGGACACGCGGGAGCGGCAGCGGGAGCAGCGCGGCACCGGCGAGAGCGAGCGGCCCGGGGAGCGCCCAGUGCUGGAAGGGUGGCCACCUUCCCUGAAGUCCCUGAGCUUGCCUGAGCUGUCAGCUGUGCUGGAGGAGUGUGUGGGAGAGAUGGGAAAAGCUCUGCAGACUGUGACUCAAAACCUCCAAAGGCUCCAAGCCCUGGGGCAGAGCGGGCAGAGCUGGCCAAAGGCAUAACUGAGCCAGGAGGGGAUUCUGACGUCGGGUGACCGUUCCACCCGGAAGCUGAGUGUGCCUGGGACAGGGAGCAGGGGC